AAAACAAACUCACUCGCCCACCCAAAAUAUUGAACAUGGCAGCGGUUUCCAGGUCUUCCCUCCAUUUUCGUUGCUCAACUCCCUCCUUUUCCUCUUCUCACAAGUACUCUCUCAAACCUUCCCGCCUUUCCGUCCUCCGAUCCUCCGGGAAUUCGAAUUCCAUUCCGCGAUCGCCUAAUUCCAAUCGCCUUCUCGUCCGGAGCGUUCUCCAGACGCUCGAAUCCGCCGACACUUCCGUUUCCGCCGCCGCGGAUCUCGGCGCCGUUCCGUUUCCGAAGCCGAGAGUGCUCGUCUCCGAGAAGCUCGGAGAGGCGGGAUUGGAGGUGCUCCGCGGAUUCGGCGACGUCGAUUGCUCCUACGACCUGUCGCCGGAGGAGCUCUGCGCGAAGAUCUCGCGGUUCGACGCGCUGAUCGUUAGGAGCGGGACUAAGGUCACGCGCCAGGUCUUCGAGGCGGCGCAGGGCCGCCUCAAGGUGGUUGGAAGGGCCGGCGUUGGGAUCGACAAUGUUGAUCUGCAGGCCGCCACUGAGUUUGGCUGCCUUGUCGUCAAUGCUCCUACCGCCAACACAAUCGCCGCCGCCGAGCACGGCAUCGCCUUGCUUGCUUCCAUGGCUCGCAACGUUGCUCAGGCCGAUGCCUCCAUGAAAGCUGGUAAAUGGCAGCGGAGCAAGUAUGUGGGUGUCUCUCUGGUUGGGAAGACAGUAGCAGUUAUGGGGUUUGGAAAAGUUGGGUCAGAGGUAGCAAGGAGGGCAAAGGGCCUGGGCAUGCAUGUUAUUGCACAUGAUCCUUAUGCUCCAGCUGAUAGGGCUCAUGCCGCCGGAGUUGAUUUGGUCUCUUUUGACCAGGCCAUUUCCACAGCUGACUUCAUUUCGCUUCAUAUGCCUCUUACUCCUGCUACCCGAAAGAUAUUUAACGAUGAAACAUUUGCCAAGGUGAAGAAAGGAGUGCGUCUUAUAAAUGUUGCUAGAGGUGGUGUUAUUGAUGAAGAUGCAUUAGUUAGGGCCCUUGACAAUGGAGCUGUUGCACAGGCAGCCCUAGAUGUUUUUGCAGUGGAGCCCCCACCCAAAGAUAGCAAAUUAGUGCAGCAUGAAAAUGUGACUGUCACACCUCAUCUUGGAGCUAGCACAAGGGAGGCACAGGAAGGAGUUGCUGUUGAAAUAGCUGAAGCUGUGGUUGGUGCUUUGAAAGGAGAACUUUCUGCUACUGCAGUUAAUGCCCCAAUGGUUCCUCCUGAGGUUUUGUCAGAGUUGGCUCCUUAUGUUGUGCUAGCUGAGAAGUUGGGUAGGUUGGCUGUACAGCUGGUGACUGGAGGGAGUGGAAUUCAGUCCAUGAAGAUAGUCUAUAAAACAGCUAGAGACCCUGACAACUUGGACACGAGACUUCUCAGAGCCAUGGUAACAAAAGGGAUUAUUGAGCCUAUAUCUGACACAAUCAUCAACCUUGUGAAUGCAGAUUUCACUGCCAAGCAGAAGGGUCUUAGGAUAAGCGAGGAACGCAUAGUUGUUGACUCAUCUAAGGAGCACCCAGUUGAGGCAAUCCAGGUGCAAAUAAGUAACGUUGAAUCCAAGUUCGCGAGUGCUUUAUUGAACAAUGGAAAUAUUAGCAUUGAGGGGAGAGUGAAGUAUGGAAUACCUCAUCUUACUUGUGUUGGAUCAUUUAGCGUUGAUGUGAGCUUAGAGGGAAACUUGAUACUGUGUCGCCAAACUGACCAGCCUGGAAUGAUUGGGAGCGUCGGAAACAUUCUUGGCGAGAGCAAUGUGAAUGUGAGCUUUAUGAGCGUGGGAAGGACCAUUAAGAGGACAAAGGCCAUCAUGGCUAUUGGAGUUGAUGAAGAGCCUGACAAGGAUUCCCUUAAGAAGAUAGGGGAGGUGCCUGCAGUUGAAGAAUUCGUUUUCCUCAAACUUUAAAGAUGAGAUAAUUUUAAAUGUCGGAUCAUAUCGGAUACCUUCAUGUACUUCUGUAGUUCGCUUCAAGAUGCUCUGUAAUGGGAUUACCAUUCCAGUAUCAGUUGAACUUCUGUGUAAUUAUUUUUGGAAAUAAACUUUUUUUAGUACUA